AACAAACUCACACUCUCAACUUCUUAACACACCCCACACACACAUAUACACUUUUAUAACCAAUCAUGCUUUGUGCACCAGCAAAACUAGCACUAUACCCGUCCGCUGAAAACCCACACAUCGUUUCCACCACAACCAUGCCUUGUGAACCAAAAAAACUAGUAGUGUACCCGUCCGCUGAAAACCCACACAUCAUUUCCACCACAACCUGUGAACAAAAAAAACUAGCAGUGUACCCGUCCGCUGGUACUAAAAACCCACACAUCGUCUCCACCAUAACCGUUUAUCCAUCGACCAAAUCCACCAUACCCGACCUCAAACUCUCCACUUCCGACCUCCCUAUGCUCUCUUGCCACUACAUCCAAAAAGGCAAUUUAUUCCUGCAACCACCAACCGGCGUCCCGGAUCUCCUGUUACAUCUCAAAGAAUCUCUGUCAAUCGUUCUGACUCACUUCCCGCCGCUCGCGGGCCGUCUAGUAACCGACUCCAACGGCUACGUCUACAUCACCUCCAACGACGCGGGCGUCCACUUCAUCCACGCCAAUGCAACACAAUUCACUGUAAACGACGUCGUUUCACCAAUUCACGUCCCCGAUUUCGUCAAAACGUUCUUCGCGUUUGAUGGAAUGGUGAGUUACACCGGUCAUUUCAACCCGUUGCUUGCGGUUCAAGUCACUGAGCUUCGCGACGGGUUGUUUAUCGGAUUUUCCGUCAACCACGCUGUGGUUGACGGAACUUCACUGUGGAAUUUUAUUAACUCUUUCGCUGCGGUUUGUUCCGCAAGUAUGAAUUUCAACAUCAAAUUGAACAUCACACAACCGUGUUUUGUUCGCGAUUCGGUUAUAAUAUCUCCGGCGGUGCUUAAAAUUCCGGCAGGCGGCCUGAAAGUGACAUUUGACGAAUUUGCCCCUCUAACUGAAAGAAUUUUCAGUUUUACUAGGGAAGCUGUUUUGAAACUGAAAGGGAUUACCAACAACAGAAAAAAAGUUUGUUACGGAAACGGUGAAGUUAACGCCGUUGAAGUAAUGGGGAAGCAAACUCAUGAUGAUUUAAAACUGUCUGACGAAACAGUAACGGCGUUAAUCGGUAACUGGAUACGAAACCGAAACGGUAACGGAAACGGAAACGCCGUCGUUUCGAAGACAGUUUCAAAGAAUGUUCAAACACCAGAAAUUUCAUCGUUUCAGUCGUUAUGCGCGUUGUUAUGGCGCGCGGUGACACGCGCCAGGAAGUUUCCAAGCGUUAAAACGACGACAUUUCGGAUGGCGGUUAACUGCCGCCACCGGUUGGAACCUAAGCUCGAACCGCGUUACUUUGGCAACGCGAUUCAGAGCAUUCCAACUUACGCCACCGCAGGUGAUGUGUUAUCACAUGACCUGCGGUGGUGUGCUGAGCAGUUGAACAAAAAUGUUCUUGCUCACGACGACACAAUGGUGCGUCGUUUUGUGCACAAUUGGGAACAGGAUCCGCGGUGUUUUCCUUUGGGGAAUUUCGACGGGGCGAUGUUGACGAUGGGGAGUUCGCCGAGGUUUCCGAUGUAUGAUAAUGAUUUCGGGUGGGGGAAACCGGUGGCGGUGAGGAGUGGGAGGGCGAAUAAGUUUGAUGGGAAGAUUUCGGCGUUUCCGGGGCGGGAAGGGGGUGGUAGUGUGGAUUUGGAGGUGGUGUUGUCGCCGGGGACAAUGGCGGAAUUGGAAAUGGAUGAAGAGUUUAUGCAGUAUGUUUCUGUUUCGGGUGGUUGUUAAUGGUGGUGGUGGUUGUUUGUGAAGGGGUGUUUUGUUAUUAAUGUUAGUUCUAUGUAAUAUAAUGAUAAUGAUUAAUGAAAUGAUGUUUAUCUGCUUGUGAUUUAA